AUGGAAGCUUGUUACUCUCCACAGCAACACAAUGUCACCUCAUAUGGGGCCACAACUGUGGCCAUCACCACCCUGGAGGCGUUUGCUGGCAUGUGGAUAAAUGCUUUCAUCGUUUCUGUGCUUUGCAUUGGCUGGAUCAAAAAGAAAACCCUGAACUCAAAUGAGAAGAUCUUGCUGCUGUUGGGAUGCUCCAGGUUUUGUUCUUUGUGGUUCUCAUGGGCAUAUUCAUUUCUUUCAUUUAUUUAUCCUAAUUACCUUUAUGUUCACCCCAGACUUCAACUAGCUUUAUUUUUUCAAGCAUUUUUUACUCAUUGCAACUUGUGGUUUUCUGCCUGUCUUUGUGCUUUUUAUUGUGUAAAAAUUGCCAAUUUCAGGAACAGCUUCUUCAUCUACCUGAAAGUAAAAAUUGACAGGAUGGUGCCCUGGCUCUUCUUGGGGUCAGGGAUUCUAUCUCUGGCUAUCGGCAUCAUUGCCUAUGACGUUGCUGAUAAACCGCACUGCAAUAACCUCAAUUCCACCGGACAAGGAAAUUUUGGGAGUGCAAAUAUUAAAAUGGAUACAUAUUUUUUCCCUUCUUUUUUUCUCACUGGCUUUGAAUAUGCUGCUUCAUUCAUGGCAGUCAUCUUUGCUGCUGUUUUCCUUCUCUUUUCUCUCUGGAGACACAAAUGCAAGAUGCAGACAAACUCCAUGAAGGACCUCAGCAUGGAAGCCCACAUCAGAGCAAUGAAAUCUAUUUUCUCCUUCUUAGUGAUGUACAGCAUCAACUUUGUAUGUUUGGUGUUAAAAAUGGUUUAUGUGACAAAGAAGGGAAGUUACAUGACAUUUCUCAUUGUAGUAUUUCAGUACACUUUUCCGAGUCUUCACUCCCUUAUUCUGAUUUUCAGCAAUCCCAAAUUAGAAAAGACACUGCUAAAGAUUCUUCCUUUAGAUAGAAGUGUGAAGCGCAAGGUUUGUAUGAGUUAG